UUUCCGUGGAGUGCCUGGUCCGAGUGGAGCUUCUGGUGAAGAAGAAGAUAUUGCCCAUCUUCUCGCGUUGAAAAAUCUUAGAAGUGCAACUUAUCGCAACCAGACACCGUUCCAGGAGACACUGAAGGGCCAGGUUAGCUCCAGAUAUGAUUUUUCUCUAGCCCGAUUAAUGGUUGGAGCUGUGUAUGAUUUAGCAUUGCAAUUGGGGAAAUUUGAUGAUGAUCUAACGGUCAGAGAUGGAGAGGGCUACAAUGAGGGACCCAUUGCAACUCCCUCCCCAACGUUAUAUUUUGAAGUUGGGGAUUUUUUGACGGACUUAUCCCUCAAUACAGAGGGAAUGGUGGAAGACCUAUUCACAUCUAAUUACGAACUUUUGGAAAUUCGAUCACGUCAGCUGGAAGUCAUUCAUCUGCUGAGCCAAUUGAUCGCUUCGGCUCGGGCUCUGAAGGAGAAGUUCAAGAAGCUGAUGCUGUAUUCUCUCCGCCGCGUUGUUUCGAGCAGCAUGGAGCCAGACAGCGACAGUUUUUGA